GAAUUUUUCACUUUAUUUUCGUACUAGUGUAAUAAUACUAGAUUAAUCAUUGUAUUAUAAAUUUUUUACAAAUUUUCUUUUUACAAAUUCAGAUAAUUCAGAUAUGACUAAAGGAAAGGAAGAGUCAAAGUCACCGGUACAGAUAAAUGAAGAUAAAAAUAUAAAUGAUAUAUCGAAAAACAAUUUGAAUGUUAAAAAGAAAAAAGAAUGUGAUUCGUCCCAAAAAAUGAAUGUGAAGCAGAAAAUAAAGCAAACGGGUAUAAGCAAGUUUCAAAAAGUUGCUAGACAAUCAAGCAUCUCAAAUAUACUUUUGAAAUAUAAUAAGAAAGCAUAUAAGUAUCAAAUUCAACAAUUGAAUCUGCUGUUCAAACAAUCUUUAAAGUAUCCAAUGCUUACGCAAGAUGAAUUAUAUAUUUUAUUUGAAAAAUAUAAAUCAGACGGGCAUUAUAGAACUAACAAGGAUUUACCAUCGUUUACGAGCUUUUUCGUUGAUACACACAAUAUGUUUGAUGAAACGCUUCGCUUUUAUGAUCAAUUUCCUGAUACGCAAAAAAUAAAAUCUAAAAAUGAUGGGGAAACAAUUGAAAAUUCAUAUUAUAAUGAAAAUCAACAUAUAGAAGAUAAUCCAAAACAAGAUGUACUGAAAUACGCAGAGAUUCCUCCUGUAAAUAAUAUGAACAACAGAAUACAAAAUAAAUAUCUUUACAACGAUCAAACUUUUCUAAACAAUAAUAAUUACAAUCAUUUGUACAUGAACCAUAAUAUUCAACAUAAUGACUUAAAUAUAUUGAAUGACAUAGAACAUUUUGCUCAAUCAAAACGAGACUCAAUGAAAUUUUCUGACACGGAAGAGACACGUUUUUUAUACAAUUUGGCAAAUUCACAAGAUAUCUCUGAAGAAUAUCAAAACUGCAGUCAUAUGAAUAAAGAUUUACAUUAUAACAUGUUUAAUACACAGUAUGAAAAUUUAACCAACAGCGAAAAUUUACAACAAAAUAAUAUACACCAUUCAACGCAUAACAAUUUUUCAUUGAAUUCAAAUUUUUACACUGACUGCUAUUUGAAUAGAUGCAGUAACGUCACUUCUAUUAACAACAAUAAUAAUUAUCAUUCAUUAAAAAAUGCACAAUCCAUUUGCACUCCUCAGAUCAAUAAUAUGGAAUCAAACUUUGAUAUGAAAAAUUCUGUUGCUUCUCAACAAUUGCCACUGAUAAAAGAUCAUUUAGAAGAACAAGGUAAUUUGAACUUUCCCAUUCAUACAGAUACAUGUUCUUUGAAUAACAAAAACUUACCACAUAUUUCCAAUAAAGAUAUCAGUAAUAUUCAAGCAGACUUUAAUGCUUACAGUAUAAAUUCAACGAUGAUGUCAGAUGAUAUUCUGUCACAAACAAAUGCAUUUAUCCCACUGUGUGCUAGCAUAGUCAAUCAGUACAACUAAAAUAUUACAAUAUUUAAAUAUUAAACUUUAGAUUUAUGCAAAACUUUAUACUUUUUUAUUACAAAUAUUGAAACAUAUAUAUAUAUUUUUUUUAUAAUUUCAACUUUAAUGUCAACUUUAUAUAGUAUAUAAACUAUAAAAACUAAUAUAAAUUUUUAAGACAAAUAUAUAUACAAAUUCA